UAUCGGAGGCGAAGCGAGCAGUUCCCGUGGCCGGGUAUAUACGGCAACGCUCUUGGCGUCCAGUUAACGCAAAGAUGUCGAGGCGCGCGGUGUUGCUGGACACGUCGGCGGCGUUCACCGCCUGCUGGCUAAUCCUCGCCACCUUAGGAGCCCUUGCCCGGGGCUUUCCCGCUCAGGAGGAUGACAGCGACUCGGCCGGUCCGUUGCCUUUCAUCCAGUUCACAAAGGGCGGCAUCCGCGUGAACUUUGGCGGCUACCACGCUCAAGCGGGCCUCGGCGGCCUGUUGACCGGCUCCAAGGCGGACGGCGGGCUGCACGCGAGCGCCGGCACGCCUAGCGGUGCCCACGCCAGCGCCGGUCUCGGCGGCACUCUCGACGGUGGACCCGCGGGUGGCCUCCACGCGCGUGCGGGUCUCGGCAACGGUGGCCCGGAAGCCGAGGCUGGACUCGCCGGUUCCUUGGCGGGGCCCCGGCCGCAGGGUGAGAUCGUCUCGAGGUCGUCGGUGGGCAACUUGGACAACAGCAUCCUCCGCAACGACAAGACCAAGGGCAAGAACAUACAAGUGAUCGCGCGGCCGAAAAAAGCUACCGAGGUGAACGCAGCUGCGGACGGUGCAGAUGACGAUCCCAGGGCCAAGGAACCUUCCUCUUCUUCUUCUUCCGGUGCUACCGCAAGCGCAGGAGCUUCUGUGAAUAAUGCGUCAGCGGAAGAGGGACCGGCAACGGCGUCACCGACGACCAAACAACCGGCGGGUACCACUGCGAGGAAGCCUUGGAAGUAUGGGAUUUUCGCGAGAUCGCCCGAUACGACGAGCGACGCUGACGUCAAGUACAAGAACAAGGGCACCCUCUUCGAUGACAUCUUCAAUAUUCCCAUUUCAGCGUUGAACGCGGUGAAUCAACUGUUGAAGAAUCACGUUGGCAAAAAGAAGUGAAAGACAAGAGAAAACUGGAAUAAGCUCGAAUUCGAACGUAUUGCCAAGCAAAAAGUUUUUUUAUAAUACUUAAUACUCUUGUAAUUCACCGAUGACGCUAUCUCUGUUAUUUUUUGCUUCGUUGCGUUAAUGAGCACGUGAAUCGUGCGCUUGAUGAAAUUUGCAUGGAUUAACGUUAUUUUGGCGUUGUCUGCCGUACGUAGUUUGUGUACAUUUUUAGUACUAUGACCUUCGCAUUUACAUUUUCGCCACAAUUGUGUUUGGGGUAAAUACUUAUUUAUCGAUGCAGUGCGAGAAUGGAGUGAUUCAAUUGAACAAUCGAUGUUAAAUUUAUUGUAUUUUAUUUCAACGAAUCCAUUCUUUUUGUACACAUGUUUUUAUAAACUAUUUGUUUAAAAUGUGUUGAUAAAAUUAAACUUAUGUUUUAUACGAAAA